AUGGGGUCGAAAAGCAAGAAAAGAAAGCACGAAGACUCGGAUGCGAUCACGCUCGUCGGCUCGCAUUCACAUAAGGAGUCCGGGCACAAGAAAUCAAAGAAAGAGAAAGCUGACAAGACUUCCAAGGAAGUCAAGCAAGUCAAGCAGCACAAACCCAAACAUACAGAACCACCAGCCCCCAAAACUGUACCUCGUCGUACUCCCACAGCUGUUUCGUCCUCGCAGACCAGUGGAUCAUCCAAUGAAACAGUUGCCGAACAGUUCGACAACUUUCGCCGUACAUUGAAAACCCUACUUUCCACCAAAUCUGAUAUCCCAGAGCUUCGCGGCGCCCUUGGCGACCGCAAAGCCAACUUCCUCGCCGCGCUUCGCACAAUGAAGACCUCCGGCGACCUCCCAUGGCUGUCCUCGCCAUCUACUAGCGACCUCUCUAGUCACUCCGACAGCGGCGCUUCCGACAGCGACUCCGACAGCGACCCCGGCAGCGACAAAGAGGCCGAUAAUGACAGCUCCCCACCCCCCAAGGCACUCCCCAAGACACUGCCCAAAACGCCCUCUCUCACACUCGGCCGCCCCGCCACCCUCUCAGCACCCACUCUCAACUGGCCUCCGCCUCUCCCAGAGGUCAAAAGCCACAAACUCCGCCAGCAAGCCUUCACACAUAAGUCCUUCAUCAAAGGUGAAGAAGUCUCUAUCCCAGGCACUGAGAACCGACACUAUGAGCGCCUCGAAUUCCUAGGCGAUUCCUACUUGCAGUCCAUCGCCUCCCAUAUCCUCUACGACUACUUCCCUACCCACCGCGAAGGUUCGCUCUCUGAAAUGCGGCAGUCACUUGUCGCGAACAGGCCGCUCAGUACCUACGCGACGCUUUACAAAUUCCACUUGCGCAUCCGCGAGGGCAAAGGCCAGGAAAACACUUCUCCAGUGAUGCUCCCGAGCGCGUUGCCCAGUAUAUCUUCGGGGCCAGGGUCGCCAGAGUCGGAGUCACUAGAUAAGGAGAAGGAGAAGGCCCCGACAGAGACCAACAAAACGCUUGCGGACUGUUUCGAGGCUUAUAUUGCGGCACUGGUGUUGGAUGAUCCGGUGCAUGGCGUGCAGACUGCUAGGGAGUGGUUGGAGAAGCUGUAUGCGCCGAAGUUGGCCGAGUUUGCGAAACAGUACAACAUCGCUCCCAUCGAUAAGAUGGCGAAGCAGACGCUGAACACAAUUGCAGGAGGUAGUCGUGUCACGAUAGAGUAUAGGUGGGAUGGAAAGUAUGGAGGGAAUAAGGGUGGGUAUAGCAUUGAAGUCUAUCUCACUGGGUGGGGGUUCAAGGAGAGGUUGAUAGGGAGAGGCUGGGCAACUAAUAAGAAUGAUGCCGCCCUCCGCGCCGCAAUGAACGUAAUCGCCGACAAAGAAUUCUGCGAUGAAAUGACCCGAGUCCGCCUCGCCGUCCUUGGCCCCAAGCCACCAACCACAAACCCACGCACAAGAAGAAACCCAAGCACGAGUACACCCACCCCGCCACCAGCAGCCACCCCUUCUUCCUCCUCGGGUCCCCCGCAACGCGUCAAGCACACAAAGAGGCCCGUUGCGCGUAACGCGGACGAGCUCAAUUAUGACGACUAA